ACGAACACCAGGACCGUCAAGGCCAGCGGAGCCGAAGCCCACGGACUCCGACAUUACCGGCCCGACAGUCUGAAGGAGACCUCAAGGAUGAAACAAUACGGCGCCUCGAGACGAUGCUCCACGAGCUCUCCUCGAGAGUACACCGGGCGACGAGCUCCGCUCCCAAUCUCGAUCGAGUACUGGAGGAAGUCCAGCGCUCGCCAUUUACAGCACGGAUCUCCCGCGUUCGCAUUCAUUACGUGAACAAAUUCAAGUUCGCCCCGUAUAAUGGAUUGGAUGAUCCAAAACCGUUCUUAACUUCAAUGAGUGUUGCGAUUGGCCGAGCUCAUUUCAGCGAGGAGGAGUACGAAGCUGGCUGCUGCCACUAUCACGAGCUAACAACCGCUUUCCUACAACACCAUUCCACGUUCAUGAUUCGAGGUGCCUCGAAUGCCGACCUCUGGAACAUGUUUCAACAAAACAACGAGUCACUCCGGGAAUUCAUGGAGAGAUUCAAAAGAAUAGUCUCGAAACUCUCGAUCGCUGACGACACAACAAUCUCAGCUCUCCGUAAUGCUCUUACUCACGGUUCCCGAUUUCGGGAAGACAUUAUCAUCCACGAACCCCUAUCCCUGGAAGAUGCGUUACACCGCGCCAACAGGUACAUCGAGCUGGACGAAGAAAGCGCAUCGAGAGCGAACCGACCAUUGCCAGAACCGCCAACCUCAAAGUCGGCCAAAGGAAAGGAAAAGGCACAGGACGAGCAUCAUGAGCCUCGUCAGCACUUCGACAAGGAAUACGCUGAUAAGCUGGAAAAAGNGAAAAAGCAAAGAAAGCUCGAGCGUUCGCUGUUAGCAAUCAGGACCCCCAAGAAGUACUGUGACUACCAUAAACGAGCAGGGCAUACCACUGAAGAAUGCCGCACCCUCCAGCAAAUACUGCUGGAUAAAUUCAAGGGAGGCCACAUUGACGUCGAACACGAGCGACGACUAACAACGGCCCACAGGGAUAAUCAAUUUUUUAACCCUGAGAACGAGAACCCAAGUAGGCAGUACAACACAGCUCCCGCGCCACAGCACAGCACAGAGGCCCUACCCCUGCCCCCACCCCUAGCAUAG